CUCUGUCAGCCGAGCAUGGCCCCGGCUGCAGGACAACCCCGCUGGCGCCGCCGUCCUGCCGGGGCCGGAGUUGGGGGGAUGUCCUUGGCCUUCCCUGUGGGCCGGAGGCAAAUCCCCUGCCUGUCCUUCUUGCUUCCUGCCCCAGGCCCCGAGCUGAGGACGGAGAGCCCGGAGGACAAAUCCCCCCGUGAGAGCCUGGUGGGAGAGGCCGUUUUGAAGGGCUCCCCGGCGCAGGAAGGCAGCGGGGAGGAAAAGGGCCGGAGAUCCCCCCGCAGGAAGGGCUCCAAAGCCAGCCCAGGGUGCUCUGAGGAGGAAAGAGCCAGCCUGUGCCGGGAAGGCGGCCGGAGCUUGAGGGGGAGCUCUGAGCUGGUGGUCCCUGAGCAGCCUCCCAGCAGGGAGAAGGCCUUCAGGUGCCUGGAAUGUGGGAAGAGCUUCAAGGCCAGCACCCACCUCCUCAUCCACAAACACAUCCACACUGGGGAACGGCCCUACACAUGUGGGGAAUGUGGGAAGAGCUUCAACUGCAGUUCCCACCUGAUCCGACACAAGCGCAUCCACACUGGGGAACGGUCCUACACGUGUGGGGAAUGUGGGAAGAGAUUCAGGGACAGCUCCACCCUUCUCACCCACCAGCACAUCCACACCGGGGAACGGCCCUACACGUGUGGGGAAUGUGGGAAGAGCUUCAACUGCAGCUCCAACCUACGCAACCACUGUCGUGUCCACACUGGGGAACGGCCCUACACAUGUGGGGAAUGUGGGAAGAGCUUCAGUGACAUCUCCACCCUCCGCACCCACCAGCGCAUCCACACCAGAGAGCAGCCCUACACGUGUGAGGAGUGUGGGAAGAGCUUCAGGACGAGCUCUAGCCUCCUCGUCCACCAACGCAUCCACACCGGAGAACGGCCCUACAAAUGCUUGGAAUGUGGGAAGAGAUUUCAGACCAGCUCAAAUCUCCUCCAGCACCAGCGGACGCACACGGAUGAGAUGCCCUUCCGCUGCACUGACUGUGGGAAGGGCUUCAAGCAGAGCUCCACCCUUGUCACCCACCGGCGCAUUCACACCGGGGAGCGGCCCCACAAGUGCUUGGAAUGUGGGAAGAGGUUUCAGACCAGCUCAAAUCUCCUCAGGCAUGAGCAGACACACACAGAUGAGAGGCCCUUCCGCUGCACCGACUGCGGGAAGAGCUUCUGCCAGAACUCCUCCCUUGUCACCCACCGACGCAUCCACACCGGGGAGAGGCCCUACAAGUGUGGGGAGUGUGGGAAGAGCUUUGCCCAGAGUGGUACCUUGACCAGACACCAACAGACCCACCGGUAAGAGAAGCGCCUCGAGUGCCCCGACUGCAGGAAGAGCUUCGAUUGCUGCUGCUGCUGCAACUCCAUCAGCCAUUGAAGGACCCCCGUUGGGUGAUCCACAGGGACCCACAUUGGAUACAGACCUGGUGACCCUUGUUCCAGGUGAUCCAUGCUGGGCACACACCUGGUGACCCGUGUCCAGCCCCUGUCCCGACCCCUCUGACAGUGAGGGUGACCCAGGGUCUUGUUAACUGAUCCCUUGGGGAAGAUUAGAGUUAGUUUAUCUAUCUAUCUCUCUAUCUAUCUAUCUAUAUGUAGGGUUCAGUUUAGAUCAGUUUUGUUUCCCUGUAGAGUAGGUUUGGGGCAGUUUUGGCUCCUGUCUAUAGUGAUCUAAAACCAUAAAAAUAACACUUCCUCUCUCUGGCUCCAAGCCCAACCUGUCCCUUCCAGGGGUGGAUGUUCUCCCCCCUUCCCCGGGCGGUUCCUUUGCCCCUGGGCAGCAAAGCCCCCGCUGCUUCUGCAACGGGAGAGUGUUGGAGCCAUGGACCAUUAACAUUCCAGUCUCUCCCAGCUCUGCACCCCAAAAGUCGAGCGGGAUCAAUGUGUCCCCUCAAAGUGACUCAAUCCCGUAGCAGUUCAUAUUCCAGGCAGAAUGCCGAAGGGCAUCCUGGGACUCGUAGUCCUUCUGUCUCUGUCGCACGUGCGCAGUGAAGUGCUCGGAUGGGAGUGCUUGAGGAGGUCCCAUGUCACCGUUUGAAGUGUCUGUAUAAGCUUGUGUUGAUCUUAAUAAAGCUAAUUGGGUUACUGCACCCCCGUGUCGACUGGGUUCGUGCAAGACAAAUGCUCUAAAUGGCCGCCCCAAUCGGGACAUUCAACAGGCGUCGGUAACCAGAGGCCAAAGGCCUUGGGACAUCUUGCCAUAGCAUCUGUCCUGAUGGAAUUCCAAGGAAAAAGGAAGAGCUCUUCGACAAAUUGUGUGCAUCAGUCACCUCUGCAGAAACAGGACAAAAAGGGAAAAAGGACAAAAAAAGACAAAAGAAGAAAAAUCCGGCUUCAGCAAACAAGAGGUGACCUAUUAGGAUGGGAGGGAUGUAUUCCCACCCACGAGGGGAGGUGUUCCCCAGAAAUUAAAGAAGAAGCUGAAGCCGUCAACCAAUUCUUAAAAACGCUGGACAAAGACGUAGCAGAAAAUAAACCGUUGGCGCUCUUAAAUUGGAUCAUCACAAAUGAACCGGGACUUCCAUCAACCGGAACCCAUCAGAUACGAUCUUGAGGAGGAAUUGGAAAUGGACUCAUCAAAAAAGUGAGUUCUGGAGGCGUUGGAGGCAUUUAAAAACUGGGCUGCAUGGAAGGAAAUAACGAUGGCCUUAUAUGCUCGCUACGGGGGAGCAAAUCCAACCGCAGCAACGGGCCCUGCUUCCCCUGUCCCUCCUGCAGCCCCUGCUGUAAGGGGGGUACUUUUGAAUUAGAUGAUCAAUGGAGCAUAGAGGCGGGAG